GCUUCUCCUCUUUGCAUUAGCCUGCCAGUCAGCGCAUCCCACCUCCUGCCGCUCGUUUCAACAAUUCGUUCGACUUUACCAUGGGUGCCAACCUGUCUAAGGCGCUUGCCAAAUUGUUUUCCAACAAGGAGAUGAGAUUGUUGAUGCUCGGGCUCGAUGCCGCGGGAAAGACUACGAUUUUAUACAAGCUGAAGUUAAACCAAUCCGUAACGACCAUUCCAACUGUCGGCUUCAACGUCGAGACUGUAACGUAUAAGAAUGUCAAGUUCAAUGUAUGGGAUGUCGGUGGUCAGGAUAAGAUUAGGCCAUUGUGGAGACAUUACUACACGGGCACUCAGGGACUAGUCUUCGUCGUUGAUAGCCAGGACAGGGACAGGGUUGACGAAGCAAGGCAGGAGCUACACCGUAUCCUCAGCGACAGGGAGAUGAAGGACUGUCUACUAUUAGUGUUUGCGAAUAAACAAGAUCUACCAGGAGCAAUGUCUCCCGCCGAAGUAACAGAGAAGCUCGGUUUGCAUCGCAUGCGAGACCGAUCGUGGUACGUGCACCCGAGUUGCGCGACGACUGGCGAGGGUCUUUUCGAGGGCCUCCAGUGGCUAUCACAAAAUGUUAAGAAGCAACGCCAGCCAUAAUUCGGUCAUAAAAUUGCUUGUCAAAACUGAGCUCACGGUUUCCCUUUGGUCAUGUGCAUAUGUGCGAUACGUGGCUAUUCCGAUUUCUCCCUUCUUCUUCCCCUCAUAAUCAUUCACGCCCGUACAUGUGUUGCUGAAUCAUGCCCAUCUCUGCCCAUCUCUGCUAUUCACGUCUUCUCGCAUUCCAGCUCUUUCCGCAGAAACGGCUACCUCAUACCUCUAAUGUCACCUGGUUACCCCCAAUCUUGAACUCUUCAUCUCUCUAGUUUUCGAUUUGUCUUUCUUCGAUUUUGUUCAAUGUCAUUACCAUUUCUUUUUCUCCUUACUUGGCUUUAGCUCUUCAGCCUUUGCACCCUGUGUUAUAUAUGCGUUCGUUACUAAUGGAGGGUUUUGUGUAUCAUGCUCAAGCUUGGAUGGACAGUCUGC